AUGGUCACUACUGUUCGUUUCAAACUCGCUACAGUUGGUGCCUUCGCCUUCUUUGCACUAAUAGCAUCAUGUUGUGCUUUUGAAGAAAAUUCGGAUACUAUUCGUCAAUCAAGCGAUGAACAGAUGGACUUUGAAUUACCUCGAGAACGGUCGAAUCUAUUUUUACGUAGUAAAAUUCUUAAUGGUCAAGAUGAUGAUGCAGUCAAUCAAGUUCAAACAUUACUGCGACGUGAUCAUAUGAAUAUGACAUAUUAUAAAGAUCGGAACGGGCGCAUCUGUAUUUUAUGCAAAUGGGGAAUUUUACCAUGCUGUGAACCGAACACUUGUCAGAAACAUCGCAUUCGUUUCAAUGAAUGUGUUGAAAACAACACUCGAUAG